AUGGCAAGCCCGAUUAUGCCAAGUACCAGUAGUAGGGCUUUGUCGUUGACGCCCGGCGCGAGGGUUUUGCCGACGCGGGUUAGCGAUGAUUCCACGAUCUGGAAGCGGCUUAAGGAUGCCGGGUUGAACGAGGAGUCCAUUAAGAGUAGAGACAAGGCUGCUCUGAUUUCUUAUAUCACAAAGCUUGAAACUGAGAUCUUUGAUCUUCAGCAUCACAUGGGUCUUCUACUGUUGGAGAGGAAGGAAUCUGCUGAAAAACAUGCACAAAUGGAAGCUGCUGCUGAAGCUUCUGAACUCUUGCGAAAACGUGACCAAGCAGCUCAUGCAUCUGCCUUGGCGGAGGCAAAGAAGAGAGAACAAAGUCUGAGGAAGGCUAUAGGAGUUGAGAAAGAGUGUAUAGCUAGUUUGGAGAAGACCCUGCAUGAAAUGCGUGCAGAAUCUGCAGAAACCAAGGUUGCAGCUGAAUCUAAAUUGGUUGAAGCACGCAGUAUGGCAGAAGAAGCACAGAAAAAAAUUGCAGAUGCAGAGGAAAAAUUGCGAACAGCAGACUCUUUACAAGUUGAAGCCAAGUGUAGUAAGCGAGCUGCUGAGAGAAAACUCCAGGAAGUUGAAGCACGUGAAAGAGAUCUUUCUAGGCGUUUGAGUGACUUGAAAACUGAGUGCAGCGCAAGGGAGAGGGAAAUUGAUCUUGAGAGACAGCACCUGAGUGAAAGGAGGAAGGGUCUUCAACAGGAACAUGAAAGAUUGCUCAAUGGACAAGCAUUGUUUAACCAGAGGGAGGAUUACAUUGCUAGCAAAUCUAAAGAACUUAGCCGGAUGGAAAAUGAUUUGGAAAUUUCAAGGGCCAGUAUUGAGAAAGAACGUAGAGAUCUUACUGGUGAGAAGUCUAACUUGGACUUGACAAGAGCUUCUCUAUCUCAACGAGAACAGGCACUUGUUGACAAGGAAAUCCUGUUGAACAAGAGAGAGCAAGAUCUACUUGUUAUGCAGGAAAAAAUUGCAAGCAAGGAAUCAGCCGUAAUAGGAAAGGUCACUGCUGAUCAUGAAGCAAUUUUGAGGGCUAGAAAGUCGGAAUUGGAAGCUGAAUUACAAAUGCGAGGUAAGGAGUUCGAAGAUGACCUUGAAUCAAAAAGAAGGGCUUGGGAGUUGAGAGAGGUUGACCUCAAUCAACGCGAAGAUGAGUUACGAGAGAAGGAACAUGAGUUGGAUGCUCGAUCCAGAGGCCUGGCAGAUAAGGAGAAGGAUGUAGCAGAAAAGAUGAGCUUCCUUGAAGAUAGAGAAAAGAGGCUAGAUGAUGCUGAUAAGGAUAUAGAGAUGAGGAGAACCCUAUUACAGAAAGAAACAGAAGACAUCAAAAGAAUCAAACUGGAGCUUCAGGAGUCUUUGAUUUCUUUGGAGGACAAAAGGAUACAAGUUGAUAGUGCAAAGGAGAAAUUGGAGACAAUGAAAAGUGAAACAAAUGAGCUGUCGGAUCUGGAAAUGAAACUUAAAGAAGAAGUUGACCUUGUGAGAGCCGAGAAAGUGAAACUUCUGGCUGAAGAAGAGAGACUAAAAGUGGAGAAGUCCAAAUUUGAAGCUGAGUGGGAGUUACUUGAUGAAAAGAGAGAGGAGCUGCGCAAAGAAGCCGAACAUAUGGCAGAAGAGAGGGAAGCUAUUUCAAAUUUUAUCAAGGAUGAGCGUGAUAGCUUAAGAUUAGAGAAGGAAGAGAUUCGUGAUCAACAUAAGCGUGAUGUUGAACUGUUGAACAGUGAGCGGGAGGAGUUUAUGAAUAAGAUGAUGCAGGAGCGCUCUGAGUUGUUCAAUAACAUUCAAAAGGAGCAUGCAGAUUUCUUGUUGGGAAUUGAGGUGCGGAAAAGAGAGCUGGAAAGCAGCAUUGAAAAAAGACGCGAAGAAGUCGAGAGUUAUCUUAGAGACAAGGAAAAAGCUUUUGAGCUAGAGAAGACAAACGAGAUGGAUUACAUAUGCUCUCUUAAAGAAAAGAUUGAGAAAGAAUUGAAACAAGUGGCCGCGGAGAGGGAGAAGCUUGAUGCUAAAAGACAAGAGGUGCUUGGAGAUCGUGAACAGAUAGAGAAAGAGUGGGAGGUAUUGAAUAGUUCAAUUGAGGAACUCAAGAGUCAAACUGAAAGAUUAGAAAAACAGAGGGAACUAUUACAUGCAGAGAGGCAAGAGAUCUGUACUCAAAUUGAGGAUUUGAAGAAGUUGGAGGAUGUGAAAAUUAACUUGGAUAACAUGGAAGUUGCUCAGAUGCAAUUGUCAAGCAUUGAGCGUAGCCAGCGGAAGCUUUCUGAAAUGAAGUAUGUGAAGCAACAUGCUGCCAUACAGGAUACUGAUUUGGGUCUUGUUGCUGUGAAUAAUGGAUCCCCUGCAGUUCCAAACAAAAGUUUUUCUUCACCAGUGAGUCCUGCUCGUUUCUCUUGGAUAAAGCGUUGCACUGAUGUUAUUUUCAAGAAUUCUCUUGAGAAGACCUUGAAGAGUGAAGAGAAGAGUAGGGCUGUUACAGCUACUGGAUUAUCCAUGAAAGAUGAUGAACCAAAAGUGAUUGUGGAAGUUCCCUCUGUGCUUAAGGUUGGAAGGAAAAGAAGAAUAAGUGACAUUCGUCUGCAAAAGUCUGUUGAUCCAGCAUCAAGCCAGAGCCAGAUUAGUAAGAAACAACGGCAGGAACAGGUUCUUGAAGUUGACCCACCAAAGGAUCUCAUUACCAAUGGUAUGACCUCAAAUCAAGCAAGUGAACCAAAUGAUCUGUACACUACUGAAGGAUGUGCUGAAGAUACGAUUAUCGUUGAGAAACUCAUCAAUAUUUCUGAAGUGACGGUUGAUUUGACCAAGGGACAGGAUUUUGCUGAUGUAGAGCUUCUAGAACACCUCAAGGAUGUUGAAAUUCCUCCAGAGCAGAAUAUUAUUCAAGAUGAAAACACAAUUGUUGUGUCCAAAAUAUCGGAGGAUGACCACUUGAAAAGUGCUAGAGAUCAUAUUGAGCAACCUCAGCCUAAAGAAGAUGAUGCAGACCAAAAGGGUAGCGCGACGGAAGAAGAAUCUGGGUUGGCACCAUCUGAUGUCAGCGAGGACAGAGAAAACGUCGGGAGGAGGACAAGGUCGAAAAAGAAGGAAGUAGAGACGUAG